UUCGGCAGAAACAAGUGGGUCGGAUGCUAAGGAUAUCAGAAGGAGAUGAAAGGAACGUGAGGGAGUUUCAAAACAUGCAUCCAGAAGCAAAGAAGAAAGGUUUCGGUCGACUUUUUCGUUCUCCCACACUCUUUGAAGAUGCUGUUAAGUCCAUCCUUCUUUGCAACUGCAAGUGGACGAGGACAUUGGAUAUGGCUAGAGCUCUAUGUGAACUUCAAGCGGAGUUAGCUGAUGGCUGGAACAGUGAAAAUAUAGUCAAACAUCCCAAAAAGAAAGGGUUAAAGAGAAAGAAAUUUGCUCGAAAACAAAGUAAGGUCAACAAAUGUGUGGAUGAGAACAGUGAAAAUUCACAACUUCUAGAAGGCAAUAAUAUUAAAGUUAAGGCAUUAGGGAAUUUUCCAAGCUCAAAAGAACUAGCUACCCUUACGACGGGUUACUUGAAAAAACGUUGCAAACUUGGGUAUAGAGCAUGUCACAUUUUUGAACUUGCUGAACGUGCAGAGGAAGGAAAGCUUAAGCUUAAGCUCAAGAAAACAUCCAGCUAUGAGGAAAUAUUUGACAAAUUGAGUAAAAUCAAAGGCUUUGGUCCUUAUGCAUGUGCCACACUAAUGAUGUGCAUUGGAUUUUAUCAAAUGGUCCCUAUGGAUACUGAAACAAAGCGACAUUUACGACAGGUUCACAAGACAAAGAAAGAGAAUGCCAAAGAAGAUGUCAAACGUAUUUAUGAUAAGUAUGCGCCAUUUCAAGCGUUGUCAUUUUGGCUUGAGUUAUUGGAGUACUAUGAAAUAAAGUUUGGAAAGCUAAGCAUGUUGCCAAACUCUAGUUAUCAUAUUGUUACUGGCAGCUAGACUUAGGUAGGGCUAUUGGUUUGUUUUGGAAAUUUGAUAAAGUUUAACUAAGCCAACAAUUACUUUUCUUUUGUAGUUGUGGGUUCGUUUAACUAAGAUGAAUCGGUUUGUUUUGGAAUUGACCAAGUUUAGAUUAAGAUGAUCCACAAAGAGCAUAAACGUUGGGGUGCUUACUAUUUCAUUGUUUAGUUGAUCUUAUUUUAAAUUUUUUGAGCAAGAAAAAAUGUAUUGUUGAACCUAUGAGCUCUCAUAUCACUAUAGAAGAUGAAGAAAAUGCAAAAUGAAGAUGCAUUUUUUUUUU